UAUGAGAUCUUUUGAGAAUUUAGUACUCACUAUAAGUUUAGGACCAUUUUAAUCGUUCAAAUUUCAAGGUAACUUGGUGGUGUUCAACUUUUGGACUCCCUUUUACAGAGAGUGAGUGAGAGAGAAAUUCCAAGUAAAGCGCGCGAUUACUUUGAACUUUGAAGUAGCUGCUCCUUUCGGAAACCAUGAUGGAGUCAGGGAAAGACAACGGCACCAAACUCACCGGUCAACGGCGCGUGGGUCUACUCUACGACGAGAGGAUGUGUAAGCACGAGAACCUUCACGACGGUUACCAUCCCGAAACCCCCAACCGUAUUAGGUCCAUUUGGAACAAGCUUCAAUCCACGGGCAUUACCCAACGAUGUGUGAUUUUGGAUGCUAAAGAAGCUGAAGACAAACAUAUACUGUCAGUACAUUCCAAAAAACAUGUGAAUUUUAUCAAGAAAAUAAGCUCAGAGUCAGAUUCACGGAGGCUUAAGACUGCGUCAAAAUUUGAUUCGAUAUACUUCAAUGAAGGUUCAUCAGAAGCUGCUUAUCUUGCUGCUGGCUCUGCUAUAGAGGUUGUUGAAAGAGUGGCAAGCAGGGAAUUCAAUUCUGCUUUUGCAAUUGUUAGGCCUCCAGGUCAUCAUGCAGAACGUGAUGAACCCAUGGGUUUUUGUCUAUUCAACAAUGUGGCGAUUGCGGCAACGUAUCUCUUAGAGGAACGUCCAGAAUUAGGUAUUAAAAAAAUUUUAAUUGUUGAUUGGGACAUCCAUCAUGGAAAUGGUACACAAAAAAUGUUCUGGAAUGACUCUCGAGUUUUAUUCUUCUCUGUUCACAGGCAUGAAUUUGGGAGCUUUUAUCCUGCAAGUGAUGAUGGCUUUUAUACGAUGGUUGGAGAAGGAGCAGGUGCUGGAUAUAAUAUAAAUGUACCAUGGGAGAAUGGAAGAUGUGGUGAUGCAGAUUACUUUGCAGUGUGGGACCACAUUUUGCUACCUGUUGCCAAAGAGUUUAAUCCAGACAUGAUUAUUGUUUCUGCUGGCUUUGAUGCAGCCAUUGGUGAUCCUCUGGGGGGCUGUCGUGUUUCGCCAUUUGGUUAUUCUGUCCUGUUGAAAAAGUUGAUGAAUUUCGCUGAAGGUAGGAUUGCACUAAUUUUAGAAGGAGGAUAUAACCUUGACUCCAUUGCAAAGUCGACGCAUGCUUGCGUGGAGGUUUUGCUUGAAGACGAGCCUAUUGUUGGUUCAUCUGAGGCCUAUCCAUUUGAGUCCACCUGGCGUGUGAUUCAAGCAGUUCGCCAGGAAUUAAGUUGCUUUUGGCCUACACUUGCUAAUGAAUUGCCACAAAAAUUAAUUUCUCAGAUUGCUCCUCCCCCACAUACUCUUAUCUCAAGCUCCGACUCCGAGACAGAGGAUGACAAGGGUCGGCAGAAUUCAGAUCUUGCAGAGCUUCUACAGGAUGUCAUAAAACCACUUUCUGAGCUGAAGGUUGAUGCAGUUGCCAUGGCUACUGGUAAUGCCAAAAUGGCUCGCUUGAUGGCCCACUUCUUUCCCUCGGAAGACAGUGACGAUGACACCACGGCAACUCCUUCGGUGGAGCCUAUGCCUGAUGCCGUCGGUGAAGGAAUUCGCCAGGUCAUCGACGAAGGUGACGAACAGCCCCAACCUUCUGCUGAAGCACUGCUUCAGAACCUUGCUGUCGACGAGGCGGGCCAGGGUCAGGGGGUGGGGUUCGAAGACGACCCCGAGCUAACCAUUGUAACCAACCCCAAGAAAAGGAAAACAACCCCGGGCUCUAGCAAGACUCUUACUGUCAUGGAGAAGAACUUUGACGCGGGAUAUUUCAUUGACUCCCAGCUCCUUCUGGGCACUGAAGAAUUCUUCCGGGAAGAAGACCUCGCUGCCCAAGUUAGAUGGACUUACCGCAGCCUCCUUCGGGCAGCGGCCAUUGUGAGGAAAAUGGAACUCGUGUUGGCGCAAAGCCAACUCGCGGAAGGUAAACUUAGGGCUUCCCAGAAGGAUAUUUCCAAGUUGAAGGCCCAGGAAGAGUUGCUCAAGGCCCGCCUUGCCGAGGAAGAGAAAAAGGCUGAGGAGAGUGCCACCAAGAUCAACUAUCUGGUGGAUCGCGAUCUCUCUCUCUCAAGCCAACUUAAUAGUGCUCAAGGUCGGGCCACUGUUGCAGAGGCGAAGGUGAAGGAGUUGGAGGAGAAACUUGCCGAGGUCACAAAAUCGGCUGAGGCUGCUAAGCAAGAGGCCUUAGCUUUGAAGAAAAAGAAUAAGGAAAUUGUGAGGGAUGCACGGGGAGUAGUCAAGGCUACCGAGGAGAGGAUUAAAGCUCAGGUCUUUCUCCUUGCUCCCGACCUGGAUACCUCAAUGAUUGGAGCUUUCAAGAUGAUUCAGGAUGGGAAGAUUGUGGAUAUCCUGAGGCAGUGAGAUCUUUGUAAAAAAUGUGAAUCUUGUACUUUUUUGUACUUUGUUGUAUUGGGCCGAUCUGAUGCCCUUGUCUUGAAUGAACAAUUUUAUCUUUAAUAAU